AUGAUCUCAAUGGUCUUCCUGCACAGCACUGCUGACAUUCUGGGAUGUAUGACUGAGUCCAGGCCGAAUGGAAUUCCGAAGCACGUGUACUGGCUGCACCUUUGGCUGUUCAUCCUCAUGUAUGUGGUGUUGUUUAUCUUCGUGUAUCUUUUGCCCUGAUUUGCUGACACCAUAAUUGAAAAGUUGGUUUGUGAAGUGGACUCUGAAAAUGAUUACACACUUCUUGGAUAAAGAAGAUCAGAUUAUGC